GACAUUUUUCAUGUACUUGAAGGCAUCAUAGGUCCACCCGGUGGUACUGUGAUAUUGAGAGGUCAUACAAUUUUAAAAAUCUGACAUUUCAGAGCAGUGCUAGGAUGUCUGGAGAGUUGUCCCUCAACAUAAACAUUAAGGAGCCCAGAUGGGAUCAGGGCACAUUCAUGGGGCGUGCCCAGCACUUCUUCAUGGUCACAGACCCCCGGAACGUCCUGCUGUCCUCUGAGACUUUGGAGGAGGCCAAGGUCAUUGUGGAGAACUACAGAGCUGGCAUUGUAAAACCAGAGUUGACAGAGGACCAGCUCUGGAGAGCCAAGUAUGUUUAUGACUCUGCUUUCCACCCGGACACUGGAGAAAAGAUGUUUGUGAUUGGCCGGAUGUCUGCUCAGGUGCCAAUGAACAUGUCCAUCACAGGCUGCAUGCUCACCUUCUACAGGACCACCCCAGCAGUGGUGUUCUGGCAGUGGGUUAAUCAGUCCUUCAACGCUGUCGUCAACUACACCAACCGCAGCGGAGACGCCCCUAUGACUGUGAACCAGCUGGGCGCAGCCUAUGUCAGUGCCACCACUGGAGCCGUUGUCACGGCCCUGGGACUCAAGUCCCUUGCCACGCGCCUCCCCCCAAUCGUCAGCCGCUUCGUCCCUUUCGCUGCCGUUGCUGCUGCCAAUUGUAUCAACAUUCCCUUCAUGAGACAGAGGGAGUUAAAGUAUGGCAUCCCCGUGACAGAUGAGAAUGGAAACAGAUUAGGAGAAUCUCCAAAUGCUGCCAAACAAGCCAUCAUGCAGGUGGUGGUGUCGAGGAUUGGCAUGGCAGUGCCUGCAAUGGCCAUUCCCCCGGUGAUCAUGAAUGCUUUGGAGAAAAGAGCUUUCAUGAAGCGAUUCCCGAUUCUUAAUGCUCCGGUCCAGGUUGGGCUCGUCGGCCUGUGCCUCGUGUUUGCAACCCCUCUAUGCUGUGCCCUCUUCCCCCAGAAAAGCUCCAUGAGUUUGAAUGGGCUGGAAGCAGAUCUGCAGGAGAGGAUACGACAGCUGAGUCCUCACACUACAACAGUUUUCUUCAACAAGGGCCUGUAGGCACAGGCGGUCUCCAUGAAUAUACACACAACAAGCACUCACAUGCAUAGACACACGUCUGUUAUCAUGGGCACAAGUGGAGGAGCAAAAGUAAAUAUAUUUAUGCUAUUUUUUUCUUUGAAAUGUGUACGUUUUGGGUUUUCUGAACAUUUAGAGCUGCUCCUAAUCUAAAGUGGAAGGUUGAAAUUAUUUAAAAAAGAAAAAAAUCCCUGAUAGAAAAAAUAAAGGUAAUUUUGAAGGAGAGUGCUCCCCCCGGGAAGAUAUAUUUUUGUUUCCAUGGGGUUUCUUUUUUUGUGGGGUGCUGUUUUUUUUGUCUUCCACUGGUUUUAAAACCAUGUUACUGGCAGUUUAUGGCUGCUGAAUUCUGUUGGACCCGCUGAUAUUUUAUGUUACAUCCAGCUCCUGUUGCAUCAUACCAGCUUAAGUCGAGGCCUGUGUUUGUAAGUCGCGUAUGCCAUUGCUUCUAUUUGUUUUUCUUUCUGCCUUGUGUUGUUGCUCUUUAAACUUAGGUGCAGUUAUCUUCUGAUGUAUAUUUUUUGGGGGGGAUUGUCACUUAAUACCGAAUAUAUACCUUCAUUGUUUUUAAACUAUCAUUUAGUAAAACACACAACAAAAUAUGAACUAGUUUUAUGUGGUCCAGGCACUGGUUUAAAAAAAAAAAGAAAAAAGGCCUGUUUUGUUUGUUGUACUUUGCUUCCUAUCGACCAGUGCAGCUUCUCUUUAACUUCAACUCUCCUUUAAGUGUACUUAUGUCCAUUCAUAUUCGUGGAUCAGGUAAUGAGGUGCUAAGCACAUGUGGCAAAAGAAUAUUUAAAUUAUACUGCAAAGUGUUUGCAUAGCACAACCAUAUAAAUGCAUAAGUAAACACAAAUGAGUGUUGUUUUAUCAACUUGAAUAUGUGGUGCAUCAGCUUGAUAUUAAAGAAUGUCUCCAUUGUUUUAGGUGCUUGUUUAGUCGAGGUGUCUGUUGGAGAGGAGUAUCAUUUUGUCUGUGUAUUUGGAUUCAGAUAAAUGACGGUGAUAAAGAGCUGCCGUUAUCUGAUCUGAAAUUUCCCCCGUCGACUUUAUUCACUUCCACAUUUAAAUGCAGCAGAGAAGGCUUGCUAUGAUGUGUUACUGUUACUAUGUGUAGAGGCUUUUUUUCUGUCUGCUUCUCAGAGGAAAACUGCUUGAGCUGCUGAUAUUAUUUUAUACCAAAUGUGGUGUGACAGGGUCAGACACCUCGCAUCUGUUUGGAAGAUGAGGGAAGCGGGCUGUGUGCACAGUGCUCGUCGUUGCUUCGUUUAAGUGGACAGUUCGGCGAGUUAGAGCGCGUCUGAAUGUAACAUCCCUCACGCCGUUGAGCAAACUCGCCUAACUUUGGACUGUCGGUGGUAUUCGUUGAUGCUGUUGUAGGAAGUAGCUCCGUGUAUUCCAACACUAUGUGGAAAAUUGAUAUAUUUUUCUUGGAUAUAUUUAUAUAUGCAGUAUAUAUUAUGUAUUUAGCACAUAUGCAUGAGGGAUUUAGUAGAUCCAGCAGGUGGCCACAUGUAUGCACUGGAAAAUGUCAGCCCUAUUUGACAUAAGAGCUGAUUUGCUGCAAAUAUGUAAGAACUCCUCAUGCGUUAGGUUUACUCAGCCCUCAGAUUUGACGUGUUCAGUCUGAACUCGUAUGCAUACAAAAAGACACGAAGGAAUGAUUUGAUGUUGGUUUAGUGCAAUCUUGUGUGUAGUCAGCUUCAAAUGAAAUAUAUGUCCACCCCACUGAAAGAUUUUUAAGGCCAUGCUCUUUGUGAAAGUCAAUAAAGGUUUAUUUGGAACAGGGGCUCCAGCAGAAUCUGUGCAGACAGGAAUAAUCAAAGAUUAUGCAAAGGUUUGAUCCAAAAAAUGAGUGGUUCCACCCGCGAUUUACUUGAAUGUUGCCAGCCAAAAAUGAAGAGUGCUGGUGUCUGUUACUCAAUCAAACAAUACAUGUAUGAUCAUGUGCACUGCUGGACGGUGGUUCACAGUGGGCAUGAGUGCUCCUAUCCAGUGUUUGACAGGCUGGCCGUGCUGGUGCUUGUGAGCGUUGCGUUAAAGAAAUGUUCCUGCCUUUGCUCUGCUGCUGUAGGAGCUUAUCUGUGUUGCAAUAUAAACAUAAACGUGUGCAUGAGUAAGGCUUUUUUUGGGGGGGAAAUGUCAGUGACUCCUAACAAAUGAGCUUACUCUGUGCUUUUUGUUUUCCGCCCUCUGAGCUCCUGUUCGUGCAGUUUUGCCGUAGAAAUGUUAAGAACAAACUGCUGGCUUUGAAUCGGCAUGCCAACGUACACAUACACUUAAUCUAAGUCAGUGCCCCCAUCACAUCGUAGUACAGAUCGAGCCAAAGAUGAGACGGGCGUGAACUGUGCCGCAGUGAGAAGAGGAAGUUUGUAGCUUUUAAUAUCUUUUGUUGAAGCUUUAGCAAUAUAUGGACCUUUUGCCUGAAUGUUCUUGUGUAGAAACGUAUAUCUAUGCAGCACUCGACACACCAAAAGUUUCAGGAACAUAAUAAAGCAGUCAUUUAAAAAAUAAUAAUAAUACUUUUUCAAUCAAACAGAAAACCCACACACCUUCAGACACGUUUGUGUGAGAUAGAUUUCCACCUAACAAUGAAAUCACUAAGAAACCCUUGCACACUUAACCCUGAUGUACUCUUCAAUCCUGCUUACUUUGAGUACUGAAGUCACUAUCUUUGUUGUCGUUACACUCCAUGAAUGUUCAGUGGACAUGCAACUUCUGUACAUGUAGACCUGUCAGUAUUGGUGUAGUGCUCUCUCCCUCUGUUUUGUAUGGAUUUGAGACAUGUUUUCUUGAUGUGAAAUGUAUUUUACUCAGAGCAAUAGAAUAAAAUUUGUCCAAAUGUUCAAACCUGCCUGCUUAAUUCAGUCCUGUCAAUCUCUGU